AUGUCAAUUAAAGAAGAUCGCUUGAAAUUAAUCUUCAGUAGCGUCGCGGCAAAAUUCGGCUUACAAAAUUAUCAAAUAAGAUACCGCAGUAUAGAUGAAAAUAUUGAGAAUUACUUCGGAGUGCUUAUACCAAUAACUUUAAUUGGAAAAACAAAAGAUGGUGAGAUCUCCAGAAAUCUUAUUUUGAAAUGUCCACCAGAUAAUAAAGAAUUGAGAGACGCUAAUGUUUUAGAAUAUUUAUACAAUGCGGAGAUUUUUGUUUAUACCGUACUUAUACCACAUUACAAAAGGAUAUCUAAAUUUGACUUAUGUGAAUUAUUUCCUGAGUGUUACUAUUCAGAUCGUUUACAAUACCAUGAAAUACUUGUGUUGAAAGAUAUGUGCUGCGAAGGAUUCAGCCGAUGUCAAGGCAGUCAACAAAGAUUCCUUGAUUCAGACCACAUCACUGUAUCCUUAAAAUCUCUAGCCCUGUUUCACGCCUUAUCCAUGAUAUUCCAAGACGGAACCAAUGUUAUUGACGAGGCGAAUACAGUGAUGCCAUAUUCUUCGACAUACCCACCUAAACUGAUGAUAACUUUCAAAAAUUCUUUAAAAAAUCAUUUACAUUUGUUCAGAGACACAAAGCACGAAAAUUUCUUUUCUAUGCUUAAUUCUAAUUUUGCAAACAUUGUGAAUGAUACUACGACCAAAGUAAAAUGUUUGAUAUAUGGCCAUGGAGAUAUUUGGAAAGAAAACAUUCUAUUCAAAUAUAAAAAUAACAAGCCUGUAAAGGCCUGCCUAUUGGAUUAUCAAACCACUCACCUCUUGUGCCCAGCUGAAGAUGUUCUUGGCUUUUUGCUCAUUAGUACGCAAGCGAAGCCCCGGCGAAAAUUUUAUCAAUAUUUCUUAUCAGUAUAUUACGAUACUCUUCAACGAACUCUUUUGGAUCAUUGCCUUGAUUCCGAAAAGAUGUAUUCCAGAACUGAUUUUCAUAAUGAUCUAAAGAUCGUGGCACCUUAUUGUUUUAUAAGAACAAAUUUGUCUUUUUCGUUAUGGUUAGGUCUAGAAGAAGAAUCGUUGGUAAAAAGUAAAAAUAUAUGUAGAGAAGAAAGUAACAAAAUUGUUGCGUUAUCAAAUUACAAGGAAAUAAUGCUUGAUAUUGCAGAAGAUUUUGUAACGUUUGGGUAUACUUAA